GUCAAGGCUCGAGAGAGGUAUGGAGGGCCAAAAUUGUACAUAUAAACAUCUACUUCGCACAACUAGAGAGCUAUCAUCCUUCAUCCAUCAUCUUCUAAUCAAUUCAUCACAUCACUCAUCAUGUCUUCCUUAACCGUCCUCGUGCUGGGCGGUACCGGCCCUGCUGGUAUCUGUCUUCUCCGCGAACUUCUCCACCGCAAACAUAAAGUGGUAGCAUACGCACGAAAUCCUCAAAAAGUCCCUGAAGACUUGGUUUCUGAUCCACUACUUGAGAUCGUUAAAGGAGAUUUGUCCGACAAGGCAGCUCUCGACAGAGCCGUGGCCAAAGUCGACAUCGUCAUUUCGUUCCUUGGACCUCUAAUCAGCGAUCGUACCACGCCUCCAAACUCUAUCCCCGACUUCUAUAAGGACUCCCUCUUCCCCGCGAUGCGCCGACAUGGCGUUAAACGAAUCUACGCCAUGGGAACGCUCACCAUCCCCCAGAAAGAAGAUGCAUGGACUAUCCUCCAGCCAGCAAUAAAUCUCAUGGUCCGCCUCUUUUUUUCGAACUCUUAUCGCGCUAUUACCUCGAUCGGGAAAACAUUCGAGACCGAGGCCAAGGACCUCGAUUGGACCAUAUUCCGCAUCUCAGGCAUUCCUGGAGAGUCUGAUAAGGAAAGCUGGUUGAAGGACAGGGAAGAUGGAAAGCCGUUCGUGGGAUAUGUUGGGCAGAAGGGUUAUACGUAUUCUUUCCCACGAGGUGCGCUGGCGAGAUGGCUUGUUGAUGCUGCUGAGAGUGGGCUGCUGGACUGGGUGCGCAAAGCACCUGCGGUUGCCAAGCUGUCUGGUAGCUAAACAUCUCUCACUCUGAUCAGGUCUUUUCAGCAUUAUUUCUUCGGCAUUUUUUCCUUUCUUUCUCACAUAUGGUUAUUCUUCUGAUUUCUUGGGCUGGCAAAUGCUUGGCUUUUAUUGAUAUAUAAUUAUUGCUCAAAUGUUUCUCCUAAAGUGGCCGAAUUCACGAACCCAGUAUUCGAGACUGGAAAUCGAUGAUGAUUGUGUUUUUGAACAGCCUUGUUCAAAAGUUCGACUGGCCGA